AUGGACGAAAUUGAUGCAAUUGGAGGCAGCCGAUCUGACGAGAGCAACUCGAGCGACAGGGAGGUGCAGAGGACGCUGAUGGAGCUGCUGAACCAGCUCGACGGAUUCAGCGCCCUCGACGACGUGAAGGUGAUCAUGGCCACAAACAGGCCCGAUAUUCUCGAUCCAGCCCUGUUGAGGCCUGGGCGACUUGAUCGUAAGAUUGAGAUUGGGCUUCCAAAUGAGCAGGGGCGAAAGGAGAUACUGCGAAUUCACAGCCAGAAGAUGAAUCAGGAGGAGAUUGACCUCGAUUUGGUGGUGAAGAUGAGUGCUGGAUUCAACGGGGCUGAUUUGCGAAACGUGUGCACCGAGGCAGGGAUGAUAGCACUGAGGGAGGAACGAGACUACGUCAUAAACGACGAUUUCGUAAAAAGUGUUCGAAAAAUGGCAGAAUCCAAGAAAUUAGAGAGCAAAUUGGACUACAAACGCAGGUGA